CCCUCAGUUUGCCCCUCAGUCCCAGUCGGCCUCCUGCCGUAUCUCGCCUUCGUCCUCCUCACCGCCACUUUCGUCCUGGCGUUCUACUACUCCACACUGCCAAAAGACAAGCUCCCCAUCCGCGAAGCCGGCGUCGCGUCCCUCGCCAGCGUCCUCGGUGGCUUCGGUGUUGUCGCUCUGUUCUGUACCGCAGGCGUGUACGUGUAG